AUGCUUGUAGAUUAUGACAUACUUUUACUAAUCACUGUAGUAGCAGCAUGUAUAACAAGCACCGCCGGAGAACAUUACCAAACAAGCCUCACCUUCAACGAUAUCCUUCCGGAGGAUCCGAAGUUGUAUGAUAAGAUGCGUCCUCCAAAGAAGGACGGCCAACCGACAACGGUGUUCUUUCACGUGACCGUCAUGGGAUUGGAUUCGAUCGACGAAACUUCGAUGACGUACGCGGCGGAUAUUUUCUUCGCCCAAACCUGGAAGGACCACCGGCUGCGGCUGCCGGAGAACAUGACCUCCGAGUACCGGCUGCUGGAGGUCGAAUGGUUGAAGAACAUGUGGCGGCCGGAUUCGUUUUUCAAAAAUGCAAAAUCGGUUACGUUCCAGACAAUGACUAUUCCCAACCAUUACAUGUGGCUUUACAAGGACAAAACCAUUCUGUACAUGGUUAAGCUAACGCUGAAGCUUUCCUGUGCGAUGAAUUUCCUUAUUUAUCCUCAUGACACUCAGGAGUGCAAGCUCCAAAUGGAAAGUUUAUCACACACUACGGACGAUCUAAUUUUUCAAUGGGACACUGACGUUCCUCUAGUCGUGGAUGAAAACAUCGAGUUGCCUCAGCUGGCACUAGUAAAGAACAACACUGCUGACUGUACGCAGGUGUAUUCAACGGGAAACUUCACCUGUCUCGAGGUCAUAUUCGUGCUCAAGCGACGACUGGGAUACUAUUUGUUCCAUACAUACAUACCUACAUGUCUGAUUGUCAUCAUGUCGUGGGUUUCGUUUUGGAUCAAACCGGAAGCGGCACCGGCUCGUGUGACACUGGGAGUAACCUCGCUACUAACGCUUUCAACGCAACACGCAAAGUCUCAGGCAUCGUUACCGCCGGUGUCCUACCUAAAAGCCGUGGACGCGUUCAUGUCCGUCUGUACUGUGUUCGUGUUCAUGGCCCUGAUGGAGUACUGCUUGGUCAACAUCGUUCUUGGCGAUUCUGGACCACCAAAACCGGAGCCACCACCACCGCCAAAACUGGACAGAUUUUUUGAUUUCUCCAUCAAAAACGGCAAACGCAGCAGUAAAACGAUGGAGAACAGCGAAACAACCACGGUCAAUACAUUCCAAAGACAGGAAAGCACCAUGCUGCUCUCGCCAGUACCACACAUCCAAACGAUUCCCCCGCCACCGAGCAAACCGGCGUCGGCCAUUCCAAAACUAACACCGGCCCAAAUACGGCUGACACGAGCCAUCAACGUCGAUCGCUUCUCCCGCGUGUUCUUUCCCCUGCUGUUCACGGUACUCAAUGCCGCCUAUUGGAUCAUGUUUUACGAGUACAUUUAA